AUGGAGAGAGUUGUGAAGGAGAAGGAAAAGGAGCUAAUAGCUAAGGAAGAAGAGAGACAUCAAAUCUCUGAAGAGAAUAAGGAUCUGAAGAAGAACGUGGAGGUUCAGAGUUUCAAUGUGAGAGAUGUGGAGAGGAUGAAAAGAGAGUUGCAAGCUGUGGAAAGAGAUGUUGCAGAGGCUGAGAGUGCUAGAGACGGUUGGGAGCAGAAAGCUUGGGAGCUCAAUUCUCAGAUCAGGAAUCAGUUUCAUCAGAUUCAAACACUUGCCAUUGAAUAUAACCAAGCUCUCAGGAGAUUGAAGCUGGAUAUUCAGUUUGCUGUGAGCGAGAAAGGAGAAGUGGGAAAGGUUUUGGGUUUGGACUACAAAUCAGAGGUAAAGCCAGCUCUUUCUUCGCUGUAUGAUGCGAUGGAGAAGGUGGAGACACAGACGGCGAUUCAACAACAGGCGUCUGAGAUGGCUUCGAAGAUGGAAGCGGAAAAGAGUCAUCUUGGUUCAGUUCAGCUUCAGAUCAAUGAACUCGAAGAAAGGAUUAGGCUUGUGAGGAAGGAAGGUCAGGCAGGAGUUGGCUACACAAUGCGACUCGGAGGCGAAAGCAAUGUUGGAGAGUUGCAAGAAGCGGUGAAGCAGAGUGAAGAAGAGGUCCAAGCUUGUGUGGCGAAGCUCUUUGCACUUGUUGAUUCGAUAUCGAAGCAUAAAGAGUAUAUGGACUCGAAGAUCUCGGAGAUGAAAAAUGGUGUUGCUAAUACUGCCACUGCUGUUUCAGAGAUACACAAAGCCAGCCUCAAGAGGCACUUUGGUAGUACCUAG